AACAAUUGUGUAUGUUCAUUUUGUUACACUGGACAGGGAAUGUUUGCAUAGUUCACAAUUAAUAUUCUGUAAACCUGAUAUUUAAGCUGUAUGCAAAUCAGGCUUAAUAAGUGAUUAGUUAACAGGGGAUGAUAUUAAACCUUUCUCGAUUACACUCUCCUGUUUAAAGUAUAAUAUUCAUAAUUAGAAGAGUUAGCAACACAAGCAUAAGUUGAAGAUGACGACGCUGCCGGUGGAGCUGACGAAGGACAAAGCAGAGCCUGUGAUGGACGAGGAUCCUCCUGACGCAGGCGACGAGGACGACGAGGACAUGGAGGAGGGAGAAGAGGACGACGAAGAAGAAGAGGAGGGAGACGACUCUGUCACGCAUGGAAGACGAUCAGGGCGGGGCCUGACCCUCAUGACGCUCCUGAAGGAGAAGGUGCUGCAGCCUGGCCAGGGCAAUAUGACCAUCAAUUACCUCGGCAACAAGUUCAAGGGAGACCUGCUGGUGGACGGACGCAUCAGGUCGCAGGAGACAGGCAAGGUGUUCGGCACGCCCAGCGCCUGGGCCAUCUACUGCAAGCAGAUCGUCAACCCCAACAAGAAGAGUGGAUGUGGCUGGGCCUCCGUGAAAUACCGCGGCAAGAAGCUCGACGAGUACAAGAACAACUGGAACCGACAGAAGAGGCUCGAGUACGAGAGAGAAGGCGACGACAUGGAGUGUGGUGGCAGCGCUGCAGUUGGGGGAGACGUCGCUGGCAUGGAGGUGGACGACGGAGGCUCAGGCAGCGACAGCGACGGUGACCACCACGACCACGAGAUCAUUGAGUUCGACAUGCUCCACACCAGGCAGUCAGGUGAUCCGCCGUACGCGGGCAACCCUCUAGUUGAGCUCACGAGCUUCUCGACGCUGGGGCGCCUGCAGCCGUUCACGGUGGCCGUCUCCUCGUCCGCCAUGGCCGUCAUUGACCUCCACGUCCACCUCACCAGGGCUGAGGCGCUGGGCUUCCUUGCUGGCCAGUGGGACGUGAACAACCACAAUCUGAUAGUGAGUCACGCGUUCCCGCUGUGCUGCGAGGUGUCCACGUCUGACCCCUCAGAAGCGCCCCUGCACGCAGCCAGCGCUGCAGGCGUCGCUGCCGAGGCCGCCAUACAGCGGCAGAUGGCCUCUCUCAAGCUCGCUCUCGUCGGCUGGUAUCACUCACACCCGCACAGCGCGCCUCUGCCAUCACUCAGAGACGUGGACGCUCAGCUCGAAUACGAGAUGAAGAUGAAAGGCAACAACGACGCCAGCUACACACCCUGCAUCGCUUUCGUCGUGUCGCCAUUCAACGACUCGUCGGGUCGAGCUUUGAACCGCUCCAGUUCUUCGUCCGCCUCGGUCAUCAAAGCCGCUUAUGUCGUCCCACCGACCACCGCUGCCAAGUCAACCGUCAUUGGAGGAUCAGGUACACCUGUUCCUGUGGUAUUUAAUGCACCUCUUCCUACAACAGUGGCCGUGAAAGACUCAAAGCUGGAUGUUUCAGAAACUAUGUCCAUGUCGGUUGAUAACUCUGAUGUUGGCGUACCUGGAGGUCCUAACGCUACGUCGGAAAACACAGAUCUCGCCCACGCCAAAACGAGCGCCUCAAUUGACCACAAGGACAAUCAGAUUUCAGGCGCCACGACCAACGCCAAAGUUGAAAAUUCCACCUCUAUAACGUUGGGCUUGACAACAACUACCAUUACUGAUGCUGUCAAGCCUCAGACUUCCUCUUUAGUUCAAAGCUCUACUCCGACUAUUAAAACUACUAUUUCUGUAACUAAAAGUUCUACGAGUAUAAAAAAUUCAAAUCCUGUGCCCAAAAGUUUUCCUGCUUCUAAAAACAUUGCUCCUUGCGUCAAAAAUUCCAUCGUUAAAACCUCGACAAGAAAUGACUCGUCGCCCAAGUUUGGGUUGACUGCCAUGAACGCUUUCUGGGUGAUGCCGCCCCCCGAGCACCGGCCCCACGAGUACCCGCGCCCCAUGACCAUCAUCUACAACGUCGUGCAGGAUGCCUUCGUGCCCAAGGAAGCUCUCCUACAUAUGCGCGAGUGCGUGAAAUUCUACGUCAGGAACGAUGACGCCAUCAACCUUAUGGACACAUUUGCAGGCGCCAUCACGUACUGGGAUAAACUCAAGAUGGCCAUCAAGGCACGCGUUCCCAGGGACCACUACUUGCCGCUCAUUGAAUACCUCCACAAAAUUCUUCGAAUCACUCUUCCUUUGCCGGAACUUCUGCUUCCUCCUUCCCCCGUCCCCGCGAGGGAGCCCCUCAAGGAAAAGCUUCCCCAGGAACUCAUUUCCAACGAUGGCUCACUUGGGGGACCUCUAAGCCCUGGCGCCUCUGGUAUGGGCAGCAUGUCGAGUGCUAGUUUAAAUGCCCUUGUGCUGAAGGGCAGAGAGGCUGGCGUAGAUAUCACCUCAGUUCGAGCCUCGUCCUCGAGUUCACGAUCAGCCUUAGCCUCAGCAACGACUCACAGUGACACGAGAGCCAGGCCGUACCCUGACCCUUCCAAAAUUCAUCCGCUCCUGGUGGAUCGAUCUGAUGAGAGGAGCCUCCAGCCAAUGCUGCUGGAUCGUAGCUACAAGUCUUCCGUGCUGCAUCCUUUAAUUUCGGAUCAAUCGACUAGCAAAGUCGCAGUUCAUCAGAUCAUCUCCGAUCAAACCGACUUGAGUAAGCAGGCACCAACUCGGAAUUCUUCAAGCCCUGGCAUCCCAUUGCCUGCCACUCAGAAUCCUCCUGACUAUCCAUUUCCUUUGCUUCGAGAAAUGAUGGUCGAGCAAGUUUCCAAUAUGCAAAAACAACAGGAGCAAAGAUUUGAAACUGACAUGACAAUGCCGAAAGAUAAACAGCUUCACAAGUCUAUGCCAAGACCGGAAGGGAAUUUGACUUUGGGUGAAAAAGAAUUGCUGAUGCAAAUAAGUGAAAAGUAUCUACAGCAGCAACGACUACAGUUGCAAGAACAACUGCAGUGGCAGCAACAGGACCCCAAAGCCGAAGCUUCUAAAUUAAAAUCUUCCCCAGCCGAGACGAAGAUUCAGAGCGUAGCGAGUCUCUUCCCACAGCUGAGCGCUUCUGUGUCGCUGCGCCCUGAGCCCAAUCCUCCUUCUUAUUCCGCCUCACAGAUCUCGAGGAAUGGAGAUCAAAGUCGGGGCUCGCCGCCUCCAUAUCCCUCAUUCUCCUCCAAACAUCGCGACUUGUCUAUUUUCCCGACGCCAACUACCAUCAAGAGUGACUCCCAAAAGAAAGAUUUUCUGGCUCGAUCAACUAAUGCGGCAACAUCAUCUUCUGCAACGAUAAGUUUUUCUCAUGUUAAUCUACUCUCGAGUAACUCCACUGCUUCCGGUAGCAGCGAGAGCAGCGGCGCCCAUAAAGUCACCAUCACUGCCACCAGUGGAAGCCCUUCCUCGACGCCUUCUGCCUCGGUCUUUUCGAAUUCUCCUUCUUUCUCAAUCACGGCCGUCAACAGAGACAGCCCAGGUUUCUCUGCACCGCAUUUGACACCUCUAAGUUCACCAUCCCUUAGCAUCGCCCCUCAACCUAACAGUCUUAGCUCGUCCUCCCCCAUCAGUUUACCUGGCCUGUCUCCCGUGGGUGCCGCAUUGUUCUCCUCCGGCGUCGUGAUCCCACCCUCAGCCAGUCCUUCUCCCCUGUCGUCAGGACUCACCCCUACCUUGAGUCCGUCUCCGAUUUCGUUCAAUCCUCCUCGCAACAACUCUCCCAGUUUGAGCGUCGAAGUGUCGCCGCGUCACACCGAGUGGGCUCAGAACGCCCUGCCUGGCAUGGCUCGUCCACCGCUCAUCAGCGUCAAGUCGCAGGCUGCGCUCAGUCAGCCGCCUUUCACGCACGUGUCGUCGGUCGCAAGCACGAGUGCCGCCGCCACCGUCGGCGCUGCGUCGGAGCUCCCGUCCUUCACUUCGGACAGUCAAAGAAGCUCAUCUUCCGAGAGCGUCCUCACGCCAGCCAAUUUUGCCGAGGCCAUGUCGUCGGGCACAGUAUCUCCGGACCAGUGGAUGCAGGCUUCCUUGGCAGCGGGUUUCUCCCAGUUUGCCGGGUUCGCAGGAUUUAACAAAUCUUCGGCUCAGUUCAGCGCAGACGCGACGAACGCGCAGCACUUCCCUCCUCCCCAGUACCGCCCACAUGGCGGCUCCCUGUCUUUCUUACCUUCCGCCUCCUCUGAACAGCAACACCAGGAUCAUCGAAAAUAAAUUCCUCUGUGUUGCGCCCUAUCACGUAAGCGUUCAUUCUUUGAGAACCGUUUGUUUAUUUUAUGCAACAUUUCAUUCUUGAAUUAUAACCAAAUGGUGAAAUAAUAUAUUACAUACUGCGCUUCAGUAGCAAAAACAUGAGAAAUUAAGUUGCAAGUUCAGAUUUCACAAUUCGCUCUUUUUAAUUUUUUUUACUGCACAUUCCCGAUUUCGUAUUGUCAAGUUAGACAUCCUUUCACUUUCAAAUGUGUAUAAUUUACUAUUCAGUACCUAAUUAGUCUAAUUGUACGUCUCAUAGUCGUUCUUUCGCCACACUUUUUCUCCGGUUAACUGACCAUAUACGAAUGAUUGCUUGGAGUCUAAGCCCAAAAUGGCUCGAUUCGUUUCUCGGUUUGAAGCAAAGUUAUCAUGCCUUUCCUCUAUAAUAACUUUAAUAUGUCUAUCAAUGCAAACAUCUAUCACCCUUAACACCUACGCAAGUUAGGUGAAGAGCGUAUGCGAAUUCGGUGGCCAAGACACGACAAGUUACGGUCAUCCUAAUUUUUUAUAUCAUAAAAGGACCGAUACCUCCUACGAAUUGAACUUGAUAACGCAGUGGAAAAUUUGCUUCGUACUUGAAUAUUAUAAUUGAAAAUAUUUUCAUCACAGUACCAAGUACAAUAGUG